AUGGCGGCUCCUGCUCAAGAUUCUCUUCUGGGCCCAUCGGCUCUCCGCCGGCCUAACCCCUUCCCGGACAUCUUCGACCUUACGCUUAAGACAACCUAUGAACCAGCCCCUUCAAUGGGUAGAGGCCAAUCUAGGCAGUCUUCUUCACACCCAACCUCAAACCCGUGCAUUACAUUUUUCUUCAGAGCCAGCCGAUACACUGCUGAUCACACCCGGAAAAAGACCCCUCCCGAGUACUGGUACUUCGGGGGGAUCCAGCGGGAUCUGAUUCAUUAUGAAGAAGAGGCAUGGAAGUUUGACCCUCUCACCACUUUCAAGCUCAUAUUUGCUCUUCGAAUGGUGGAGAGGCUUGACACAGAUGGGUUCUACAGAGCCUUGUUGUGGGUGCACAAAAACCACCCUUUAACCCUGUCUUUGAAUGUCAUGGCUUUGGGGGGUAAAGGUUGGUUCAAAGAUCUAUUGGGGUUUCUCUAUUUUGUUUUGGAAGACCCGAUAAAGGAAGCAGAAGCAAAAGCAAAAUCAAAGAAGAAUGGAAUAAUCAAUUAUGACUGUGCAUAUUAUGAUUCUGACGAAGAUGACUUUUAUCAGAGUUAUCCGUACAAGGAAGAAACUGGGGUUGAGGAGAAGAACAGAGAAGAGAUAACGGCCACAGAUACUCGCAUUGGCAGGGCUAAAAUGGCGGUCGAGAGGUACCAAAGUGACCUGGAUUAUCGAAACUUGCAUGAUCGAAUCUCGGAGAUGUUUGCACAUUUUUUGACGUCGGAUCUCAGGUUUCUGGAGUCUGGUGAGAUCGAAAAAAUCAGUUUUGCUUACAAAUUUUGUCCUUCAGUUAAUUCUGGUUAUGACAGAGCAACCCUGCUGUGUGAAAACAUAGCAAAGAGAAUUUUCCCACGCCAUGACUAUGAAGAGUACAGUGAGCUUGAAGAAGCUCAUUACGCUUACAGGGUUCGUGAUCGUUUGAGGAAACAAGUACUUGUUCCUCUGCGCAAAGUGCUAGAAUCAUCAUCAUCAUCAAGGAAGAUCAGAUAUGUUCCUACUGUACCACAGCUAUUAUCCCAAAACCCUAAGGCCCUGGCUGGUUUGAGAAGAUACAGGAGGAUCCUAAGCAAUGAGAGAGAAUAUGAAAGCACAUUGUAUUUGAUGGAAAAUGGGGGCGAAAAUGGAAGCAAAUCUCAAUUUAAGCUUUAUAUAAACGUUGUUGAAUUUUUCGGGGUAAGCAUUGGUGAUGGGCUAAAACUUCCACACCAAAUAGUAUUUCCUUUCUUGUACAUGAACAAGGAACAUAAUGAAAGAUCAGAGCUUGAAUGGCAGACACUAGUCCAAGAUUUUUCAAACAAAGGGAAGCUGAGGAAUUGUCUUGCCGUAUGUGACAUCCAAGAGAGCAUGAGAGAGACAUACGAGGAUAUGGUUUGCAUUGGCAUGGGGUUAUUGAUUUCAGAACUGAGUGAAAAUCCAUGGAAUGGAAUGGUUUUUCCCUUUAGCCUUUCUCCCAAGCUUUCCAAGAUCGAAGGAGAAAAUCUUCAGUCCAAGUGCGAGUUCAUGAGGCAGAUAAAUCUUCAGUCCAAGUGCGAGUUCAUGAGGCAGACAGUGUGUUCUGUGAAAUUGGACUUCUUAGCAGUUUACAACCAAAUCUUGGACACUGCAACCUCACAAAAUCUAAGCCCUGAAAAGAUGCCCAAGAGGAUUUUUGUGUUCACCAACAGGGAUUUUCAGAAAGCCUUCAAAUGCGAUUGGCGGGACAAUUAUAAAGAGGCUUUGAAGAAUUACAGAAGAAGAGGGUAUCAGACUCUGCCAGAUAUGGUUUUUUGGAAUCUUAAGGGUGGCAUGCGUGAGCCAGAGGUUAUUAAUUGCCCAUUGAAGGAGAACCAGAAAGUAGGUCUUAUUUUAACUGGGUUUUCAAACAAUAUGCUCACUAUGUUCUUGACUGGAGAGUCAGAUUCAAGACCAUACGCAGCUCAUCAGAUCCAAGCACCUUAUGGUAUUGAUGUACAGAAAUGCAUUCCUAGAGCAGAGGAUGUGAUGAAAUGUGCAAUUUCAGGACCAGAAUUCGAUAACCUUCUUGAUGCAUCCCCUAUCAAUCUAACAAAUCUUAAGGACUCAAUUGCUGCGCUUGAGGUCAUUGGCAGCCCUGUGAAGAAUCACAAUGCAGGGAUAAUUAUCACUGGGUUUUCCAACACUCUGCUCAGUCUUUUCUUUAAAGGCGAGACGAAUUUGAGAACAUAUGCAGCUCGGGUAGAACAGGUACAUGAUGGGAUUGAUGUACUGUCAGGGCUGAGGCUUGCUCCAAAUGCUGAGGAUGUGAUGCAAUGGGCGGUUUCAACCGAAGAGCUGAGGAGCCUCUUUAUAUUGGAUUGA